UUGUUAUUGGGGGGAAGGACAGUGUUUUGUUUGAAGAAACAGUUACUACUAUCGAAAUGAAGAGUGGAGAGUUUUCACGCUGAACUGACGAUAAUGCUUAGAAAUGGUGGCACGUUCAUCAUUAUUAUCUACUAAUUUUUUCAUUGGUAAUUUUUGCGUUGGUUCGUGUGCAUGCAUGAAGAUGUGGGUCAUUAACAACCCUGACACGAAGAGCGCGGUAUGACAGAGGUGCAGAAAGCUGUGAACAAUGCUCAAGCGCUGCAUCAAAGAUGGACGGAACUGCUACAAGAACCAGGUGUUGCCAGUAAGGAGGAGGUGGACUGGACCACCAAUGAACUGCGGAACAGCUUGAGGUCCAUUGAAUGGGACUUGGAGGACUUGGAUGAGACCAUCAGUAUUGUGGAGGCCAAUCCAAAGAAGUUCAAUCUUGAUGUGAUGGAGUUGGCCAAGAGAAAAGCUUUCAUCACUAGCACAAGACAGACAGUCAAGGAUAUGAAAGAACUCAUGGCAAGUCCAAUGGCAAUAUCAGUGUCAGAGAGGAAAAAUCGACAGACUUUGAUUGGGGAUGUUGGGUCUCAUGGACCAAUCUGGCAACCCGUGGCCCAAUCUGGCAGCGGUGAUAAGUACACUAGACUGGACAAGGAGCUGCAUUCUGCAAACUCCCAGUUCAUUGAGGAACAACAGACCCAACAGCAGGUCAUAGCAGAACAGCAGGAUGAGCAGUUGGAGUUGGUGUCAGGAACCAUCGGCGUCUUGAAGAAUAUGUCGCAAAGAAUCGGCCAAGAGCUGGAUGAGCAAGCUGUAAUGCUGGACGACUUUUCACAUGAGAUGGACAGCACUCAGUCCAGACUUGAUAAUGUCAUGAAGAAACUGGCUAAAGUUUCUCACAUGACCAGCGAUCGACGGCAAUGGUGUGCUAUCGGCAUUCUGCUGGCCAUCCUGUUCGUUGUGAUCUUACUCUUCAUUGUUCUGUGAACAAAACCCCAUCCUUUGCCACUACAGCUCAUCUCUUACCUGCAAAUAUCCACUAAAACGAAGGUGCUGAAAAGGAAGAGAACAAACAACAAAAACACUUUCCACUUCAUCUCUAUUCCAUUAUACUGUAGAACGCUGCUGCUUUGUUUUUUAUUCUUUCUUUGCUUCCUUAUAAACAGAGCCCAGACUCAUGACACCGUCACGAACGGGGUAAAAAUACCCUUUGGGUUUGACAAUAAUGCGGUCUGAGUAAUUUCGUACGAAUGAACGAAUGGAAAAAGACAUGAGAAUUUUUUAGAAAUGUGACUGUUUUGUUUUGUACUUUUAGUGUAUUUGUUCAAAUGGACCACAUUGUUUAGAACAUCAAAGAUAAAAAAGAGCUAAUACUAUUAUACUAUAUUGUAAAGCAAUCUAGGGCUACUAAACCAGAUCUUUAUUUACCUUAUUAUCUUUGCUUGUGCACUGCUGGAACAGUAGGUUUAAAACACUGUAAAUAUUCAAUACUAACUAUGAAGUUCUAACAACUAAUCACAGUUUAACGAGCCUUGAUACAGUUUAAGCGGGUAUGUUACUAAUGUUACUAAGUAUUUUUAUUUCUGUGUGCUCUGUUUACUUUGGCUCUUUUUUUAACAAGUUAUCAAUAAUCAGUUAUUAGUCAGAUUUAUACUCACCCUUACAAAAAGUAAGUAGAGUUCUAGCGAGCUAGCAGCAAAUUUGCCUCUCAUUUUCACAAGCAAAUGAGUUCCCUUACGAAAAUUGAGAGUACAUGGCAAAUUUGCUGCAAACUUGCAAAUGAUCCACCACCAGAACCAGUGAAGAGCUGCAAACUUCUGGCAAACAUUUGCGGCAAAUCAAAAGCUCAUUUGCAUUUAAAAGUAAUGAGCGGCAAAUUUGCAGCUAGUUUAGUUUUUUUUAAGGAGGAUUCGAAGUGUGCAGCUCUUUAUUGGUAGUGGUGAACCUGCAGCAAACCUUUGGCAACAACGAACAAUUUGCAAGUUUACUGCAAAGCUCAUUUGCAUGUGAAAAUAAUCAGUGGAGAAUUUGCCGCAAACUUGAACUCUCAAAAAAAGGGCAGGCACUACAAUUUGUGAAUUUGGAGGGACUCAUGUUUAAUGGAAUGUUAAAUGUUUUAAGAUGCUUAAAGGCUAGGUUAUGCUUAGAGUGUGCGUUGGUAAGUCUUGCGUUUAGACCGCUAGCCCAUACGGAAAACUGGGCUGCAUGUGGACCAUCCGCACGUACUUUACUGAUGACAAAAUUUGUGUCACGCUUACUGCGCAAGACGUAGCGGCACGUGGAAAACCAAAGUAUACUUGCCUUAAAGGUCCCCAAGUUUUCAAACAAUAUAGUUGUUUGUAAGGAAAAAAAAGAAAAGAAAUAAUUUGUCCAAUUUUGGGCCAACAUUUUUUUUUUGUAUAAAGGUAAAAUUUGGCAGUGGUUAGGUCCUGUGACAACAGAAGGUCACUAUCUAGCCAGUGCCUAAGCACUGAAGAGGGGAAAGGUGCAUUUCAUAUUUGGACAUUGACCACUCAAUGUUAAGCUUUGAUCCAUUCCUGUUUUGCAAACUGUGGAUUUGCACUAACUCAAAUCGAAGCAGCAGCCACUAAUGUGAAAACCAUUGUAUUAUGUUUUCUUUUGAAAGUAUGACACUACACAUAUUCUGUGUAAAACAUGGAGUACAUUUAUCUUAUUGGAUAUUUGGAUUGUUUUUGCUGGUUUUAUUUUAUGUUUAAACGAUCUCUUGUGAAUCUCACAAAGAAAUGUCCUAUUUCAUGAAAUAGCCAUAUUUCAUGCAAAAAAUCAAAAGAAAAUGAAGCCCAUCACAGAAAAUGUCAAAAUGCAAAAAAAACGUGAUGAAAAUAGGCUUUGUGUUCUGUCUCCCAAAUAUAAUUUAUUUUGUUCUGAUUUUGGGUGAAAUCUGACCCUGACAUGUUUUUGAGGAGCUUUGUGAGAUGCACUCUUGUACAUUUUUUCAACUGUCUUUUGUCAAGCAAUCAUACGACGUUACAAUGUAUUUAAAAAAUACAGAAGGAAAAUACAGCGAAUUUACAGUAUUUUCUUAUAAACUCUCAAGUUGGCCUAUAAACUAGUGUUAUAGCUCAUACUGACUGUCCUCGGUCACAUGAUGCAGUAGUAAAUCAGCCUUGAUUGGAUUGAAGUGUGAAUGAAUUGAUUGCUCAGAGAAUUAUGCAAAUUUAUUAUACAAAUAAUACAAAAUAAUUACACAAUUAUGUCACUGUUCUUGAGCAGGGAUGCUGUGGAGCGAUCAAGGUGGUGAACGGGAUCAAAUUCUGUUCUUCCUGAUCGUGUGAAUUUUAAUUGUACGUGGUUGUUUUUGCGGUGUAUGUUUGAUCUGUGCUCCUGAAGAGAAUGCAAGUAUUUUUACCCCACAUUUGUUUCUCCUUGUCUCUCAGAAAAUUCUGUUUGUAAAAACCACACCAUGUGUCCCACACCCCUCAUUUGAUUGUCACUGUGUGAAAUUCUGAGCCCUAUUAAAAACAAUUCAUUUCUAAUAAUAAGAUAUUAGUUUCUAUAGAUGUUUGUGAAUGACAACCUAAAUGGAUAGUGAAGGAAUAUUCCAGGUGCAAAACAAGUAAUGGAAAGCAUCUGUAGGCUGAUGAUUAACAUGAUUAAAAAAAAGUAAAAAAUAAAUUUACCUCCUGAGACCCAACUUCCACAUGCGUGUACAUUACGCUUUGGCUUCGCAAAAGGCUAUGCAUAAUUUCAUUUCAUUUAAACUGACUGAUCUCAGUUCAGGAGACUCUAGGCUGUCAUUAAAGGUUUAAACCUUCAACGCACCGCGUCAUGUGACAAAACAACAUGGUGCUGAUCACAGCGGACUAUGGGAGAAACACCAACAAAAUGACAGCUGGUAAGAAACCUCAUUACGUUUUUACAUUAAAACCUGUUUGAGUCAAAAGAAUAGAGUCUCUAGUUUCAUCUGAUAUGCUAUUGAAAUAUUUUUAUUGAUUUAUCACAAAACAGCACACUUAAAAACAAUGACCACGUACGUGUAUUAUAGGCCCAUUUUCCUUGUAUAUGGAAUUAGGACGAAGAUAAGGUGCAUUGCAAACUGUACAGAGAUCAGUGCAAACAGACAGCACACUAGAGGUUUGUCAUUCCCUAAUUAGGGAGAUAGGGAGCAUCCUAUAGCUCUCUAUGCACGGUUUAGAGCAUUCACUCCUAAUCCAACCAAAAGUUCAGUUUCAGGCUGCAGAUGAUAUUUGGACAACGCAACAUUGGCAGACAUGGAACAAUGGUCAUUUUAGAUUCAUAAUUUAUAAUGUAUAAUUUUAUUUUAAUAUGGUUGGCAGUAAUUGGAUGA